AUGCAGAGACCCCAUGACCUGACCGAUGAUCAAGCUGCAAAGUAUCUACCAGGCCGGCCAAAGACAGAUUGCCUCUUCCCUGCCAGUACAGUUCCUGUGGCAGCUUCUAUCCUUCCUGGGCUUAUUGCUGACCUGGAGUCUCUCCAGCCAAAAGCCGCGCUGAUUGCAUAUGAUCCGUUCUUGCCGCAAGGCUUCGUUGCCGCCCAGCACCUAAAGCUCCCAUCAGUCAGCUUACUAAGCUACACCGGCCCUGGGGUGGUUAGCUGCAAGCCCUCUGUCACUCUGCAGUGGGAGACGAACCCGGCAGUGCAGAUGGGGGCACAAGAAAUCCGGGAGUGCUACAACAUAGACAUCUUCGAACAGGGGACUGUUGGUGAGUUUUACUCACCGGAUCGAAACACCGUCACAACCUUUGAGCGAUUGUUUGCACCUCCAGUGUCAGAGGUGCAGAAGAAGCGCCUGGGGCAUCUGUCCUUCCGCUGCAUUGGGCCUAUGUUUACUUCGGAUGCUGAACGGAUUUCCCACGCCUGGGCUUCGGACGAACAGCUCGCAAAGGAGUUGCCCUGGCAGGCCAUUGACCAAGCUCGCGAUCAGUCCAAGCGCGUCGUUUACGUUUCGAUGGGCACUGUGGCAACCUCGUCGUUUUGGGCUAGGAAGUUUGGUCCCGUUGCGGAGGAGAGUGGUCUGCAAGACUUUAGUGGCAAGGAGUUCGUCCAUUUCGUGCUUAAGGCAGCCUUUGAAGCAUUCGAGCAUGAGGAUGACAUCUUGGUAGUGGCCACCAUAGGUCCACAAGCAGAUGCGCUCAAUGAACUUCCAUCUCCACCGCAGAAUUUCAUCCUGCAAGAGGUUGUCCCCCAGUUGCAGCUCCUUCGAAAGUGCGACGUCUUCGUUACGCACGGUGGCGCAAACAGCAUACACGAGGCUUUGGGGCUGGGUCUGCCCUUGGUGGUUGUGCCCAU